AUGGCAUCAUGCCUUUACGAAUGCCUUUGUGAAGCAGAACUUGAAAAAUACUAUCCCCACUUGGCUGCCUUUGGUGUUGAGACAAUUGAUGAGCUUGCCGAGGUUGCCCUGGAAGAUUACUCCAAACUGGGGGUCCAUGACAUAAAUGACCGCAAACGUCUUUUCCACCUCAUUAGAAUAAUCAAAUACACACAAGAAGAAGGCGCUGCAAACUUAAGCAAGCAGGAUUUUCAACCACAUGGCCUUUUCAUUCAGCCUCAGGUGACCAAGCCGGGACCCCGCAGACAGCUGCGUUUCGAGUCCUUUUGUGGAGAAAAUGAUGGAACAGUUAAAGACUCUGAACCGGAGCUGUAUCAGUCAUCUGAUUUCAGUGCCAAUGAAGAGAAGGAUAGUGUGGGGGAAAUGCUGGGACACAUCCCACCACACAAUCCAGAACCAAUCAGAUUAACUAGAAGAGACCUAAAUAUUGCUGGAAUAGGUACAAAAAAUGACCUGAGCUGUCCAACAGUUUCUGAUGAUAUUGCUCCUCUCCUGGGUGAUUCUGAAGUUCCUAUUGUACAAAGAGUAACUCAUAUUUCAGGGUAUAAUUAUGGACUACCUCAUUCCUGUAUCAGAUCCAAUACUUUCGACAAAGAGACUCCAUGGACAGAGAGUGACAAAAUCAGAGUGUGUGUCCGAAAACGUCCUCUCUGCCUGAGGGAGGAGAGACGUGGGGAGGCAAAUAUAAUCACAGUGAAAGAUCAGGAAACCCUACUUCUGCACGAGAGGAAGGAGGCAGUUGAUCUUACACAAUACAUUUUACAGCAUGUUUUUUGUUUUGAUGAAGUCUUCGAGGAGUCAUGUACCAACCAGGAUGUGUACAUGAAGACAGCUUAUCCUCUCAUUCAGCAUAUUUUUAACGGAGGCAAUGCAACUUGCUUUGCAUACGGGCAGACUGGUGCUGGCAAGACUUACACCAUGAUAGGGAAUCACCGGACCCCAGGACUCUAUGCCCUUGCUGCCCAGGACAUCUUUAGGUACCUGGAAGCAUCACCAUCCAGGAAAGAGCAAGUGGUUCUGAUCAGUUUUUAUGAGAUCUACUGUGGACACCUUUAUGACCUGCUAAAUGGAAGGCAAAGGCUUUUUGCAAGAGAAGAUGGCAAGCACGUCGUUCAGAUAGUUGGACUGAGGGAGGUUCAGGUGGAUUCUGUAGAUGAGCUGUUGGAGGUGAUUUUGAAGGGAGGAAAAGAACGUAGCACAGGAGUUACUGCUGUCAACUCAGAUUCCUCUCGGUCUCAUGCUAUCAUCCAAAUUCAAAUUAAAGACACAAGCAACAGGGCAUUUGGGAGGAUAUCAUUCAUUGACUUGGCUGGCAGUGAAAGAGCAGCUGAUGCCAAAGAAAAGGAUCGACAAACAAAAAUGGAAGGAGCAGAAAUAAACCAAAGUCUUUUGGCACUAAAGGAAUGCAUUCGGGCGUUGGAUCAGGAACAAGUGCAUACUCCUUUCCGGCAAAGCAAGUUAACUCUGGUGCUGAAAGACUCUUUCAUUGGCAAUUCCAAGACAUGUAUGAUAGCCAAUGUUUCACCAAGCAACCUAGCUGCAGAGCACACCCUGAACACUCUGCGAUAUGCUGACAGGGUCAAAGAGCUGAGGAGAGGGAUUAGAUACCCUGCCCCUGUCACAAAAAGGCGUCGCAAAGCUGGAACUGUAUCUCCAAGGCUUAUCCCAGGCUCUCCCUUUUUGCCACCUGGGGAAAAGAGUUCUCCAAAGAAAGUGAAGCUAGGCCUACAGCAUCCCUCAAGUGCUGCAAAACCAAAGGCAUAUCCUGCAACACUCCAGCCACCUGGUGUCCCUCUUACCUCUACCCCCAAGGGAACUGGCAAAGGACAUGCCUACAUAGAAGAUACCAGCACUCCCUGCUUCCACCACACCACCCCAGUUAAGGGAGUCCUAGAAAUAACACAUCCCCUGAAGAAAAGUUACCUAUCCCCCCUCCCUGAAAAGAGUUCCUCAGUGGAGGAUUUCAUUGCCAAAGAGGAGAGUGGCCAGCAAGACAAGUAUAUGCAAAACAGAACACCUGUCCAGUGCCUGAAAGUUCAGACAGUGCAACCUCUUCAGAAACAAUUUGUUCCUAAUGACGAUAAUUCCUCUGGAGAUGGCAAUCUGCAAAGCGAACAGGAAUGGGGAAAUACUUUUGCUAAACAGUCUGUUGAACCGUGGACAUAUCUGCCUCCAUAUCAGAAGGAAAGGGAAGAGCAUUUACGUCUUUAUCACCAGCAGUUUCAGCAACCCCCUAUUCUAAAGCAAAAAUUGAACUAUCAGCCCCUUGAAAGGUUUUUAAUGCAGUACAAGCCCGAGGAGAUUCAACUGAAGCAGGAGCUGAGCCUACCUCCAACUGAAGGGCAGAGCAAAGAGUGGAUACAGCAGGAAGAUCUGGAUGACAGUGAUUUCAGUGAAGAUUCUUUCUCACCUGUCUGUAGUCAAAAGAGUGUGAAAAGAGAAAAUAGCAGCAAAUCCAGUCAACAUUCAUUUUUCCUUCAUGAAAGAGAGCAAGGAACCGAAGAGGAGCAAAAAGGCCAAAAGCGGCAGGAUUUAUUUUUUAAAUAUUCAAUACCCACGGAAGAUCACAGAUUAGAUGACAGCUGGGAUUGUAGUGAGGGCCGCUCAGCAGUAGAGGAACCCAUUAAAAAUGCAGGCUGCAGCAAAACUCCUGCAGACUGGAGCUAUGACUUAGCUGAAUUCCCUCCCAGCAAUACUGCAGAAAAACCUUACUGUCUGCAGGAAGAUCCUGCUUGCAGCUGGAGAAAUGGCAAGGACUUCCUAGCUGAUCACAAAGAGAACAAGUCCAAACACAAACGUCUUGUUUACUCCAGUGAAGCCACCUUAACUCCAGAAAUGGAUGCUUCAACCCCGUGUGUAUCUCCUGUAUUGAAAUCAGGAACUCCAGAGUGCAAAGAAUUUGAUCUCCAGCAUGAGGAGAAGGAAGAAUCCACGUUGGCUAAAAAGGCUACCCUUGUAGGAGGAGAUGUAAAUUGGAAAGCUCAAAAAAAUGGAGUCAGCCACUACGUUUCCUCCAGUUGUUCCUCAGACUUCACCUCUGAGCUCAUGACCCCGCCCCGGGUGUCAUCUCUUGAUGGUGAGGACACAACUAAAACAGAGAAAGCAACUUCCAACCAAGAGCAGCCCCACAGCGAGAAGCAGGUGCCAGACAGUGACACCCAAACCAGCUUUGAGGACGAGGGCUGGCAGUGCACCAGGAGCAGAUCCAUGACCGACAGCAUGCUGGAACUGGCGGAGCAGCCCGGCCAUGGGGAAAGGCUCUGUGCCCUGCUGGGCUCCUCUCAAGGCAAGAACAAGAAGCUGCCACCCACCUGCGGCCGUGUGAAGCCGUGCUGCUGCCACCUGCGAUCAGUUUUGUCCAAGCAGGGGGUCCGGCGCAGUUUGUUUCUUGAACAUGACCCAACAGAAACAUCCACAGCUGGAUCCCCAGCUGGAUCCGCCGUCCCUGGGCCAGAGACCCCCUCUCAGGAGAGCAGCCGGCUGCAGCAGCCCAAGCCAGGAGCGAGGAAUGAGGACCUCAUCCAUUUUGAAGACCCUGCCAAGUCAUCAUUCAGCAAUGAGGAGACAGGGUUGCUUAAAAACAAGUCAAAGCAGAGUAUUUUUACACAGGAGACUUUUGCUGCAGAUGCAGGAUUUGCAACCAAAGAUAAUAAGCCAAUAGCAAAUGCAAAAUGCCCCUCACAGCUGUCGAGCAGCUGUUCUCCACGUGCUGCAUCAGAGAUGGGGAAACGGCAGAGGGAAGCCCUAGAAAAGGCACAAAAGGCUCUAAUUCGUGCUCAUCAGCAGCAGCUGGAUGAACUGGCACACCUGUGCUUCAAAGAGGAGUGCUUGAUAAAUCAGAUGUCAGCAAUGGAUUUUCAGAAUUUCAUGGCCACGCUGGAUGAAAUCUUGGUGCUGAAGUCAAAGUGUGUCCAAACAAUGCGAGCCCAGCUUCAGCUCUGUUCAGCCUCCCCUGGCACUGACAAAUCACAUCAAACACGUCCAUCCGUUUAGACCUUCUCUGCUUGCACAUGCACUGGAGCAGCUACAGGAAACGCCAGCCAGCACUUUGCUACACCU